CCAGGUUGGAUGGUGUUUUCAGGUUCCAGGUUGGAUGGUGUUUUCAGGUUCCAGGUUGGAUGGUGUUUUCAGUUCCAGGUUGGAUGGUGUUUUCAGGUUCCAGGUUGGAUGGUGUUUUCAGUUCCAGGUUGGAUGGUGUUUUCAGUUCCAGGUUGGAUGGUGUUUUCAGGUUCCAGGUUGGAUGGUGUUUUCAGUUCCAGGUUGGAUGGUGUUUUCAGGUUCCAGGUUGGAUGGUGUUUUCAGUUCCAGGUUGGAUGGUGUUUUCAGGUUCCAGGUUGGAUGGUGUUUUCAGUUCCAGUAUGGACGGUGUUUUCAGUUCCAGGUUGGAUGGUGUUUUCAGUUCCAGUAUGGAUGGUGUUUUCAGGUUCCAGGUUGGAUGGUGUUUUCAGUUCCAGGUUGGAUGGUGUUUUCAGUUCCAGGUUGGACGGUGUUUUCAGUUCCAGUAUGGACGGUGUUUUCAGGUUCCAGGUUGGAUGGUGUUUUCAGUUCCAGUAUGGAUGGUGUUUUCAGGUUCCAGGUUGGAUGAAUUCAGGUUUGAUGGUGUUUUCAGGUUCCAGGUUAGAUGGUGUUUUCAGUUCCAGGUUGGAUGGUGUUUUCAGUUCCAGGUUGGAUGAAUUCAGGUUUGAUGGUGUUUUCAGGUUCCAGGUUGGAUGGUGUUUUCAAGUUCCAGGUUGGAUGGUGUUUUCAGUUCCAGGUUGGAUGGUGUUUUCAGGUUCCAGGUUGGAUGGUGUUUUCAGUUCCAGAUUGGAUGGUGUUUUCAGUUCCAGGUUGGAUGGUGUUUUCAGUUCCAGAUUGGAUGGUGUUUUCAGGUUCCAGGUUGGAUGGUGUUUUCAGUUCCAGAUUGGAUGGUGUUUUCAGUUCCAGGUUGGAUGGUGUUUUCAGUUCCAGGUUGGAUGGUGUUUUCAGUUCCAGGUUGGAUGGUGUUUUCAGUUCCAGGUUGGAUGGUGUUUUCAGUUCCAGGUUGGAUGGUGUUUUCAGUUCCAGGUUGGAUGGUGUUUUCAGUUCCAGGUUGGAUGGUGUUUUCAGGUUCCAGGUUCGACGGUGUUUUCAGUUCCAGGUUGGAUGGUGUUUUCAGUGUUUUCAGGUUUCUGUUGUUUGUUUGUCAUUUGCUGUAUAGCUUGGAAAUACGAUUAUUUGGUAGUAGUUUUGUUUGAAGUUUUGUUUUUUGGAAUGAAGAUUAUGUUGUGGAGGGUAGUAUGAUGAUCUAA